AGCGCUCCUCUUCUGCAAGCACCGCGCGCGCUCAGUGCAGUUCAGAGAUUUGCGGAGUCCAUCAACGUAUUGGUGUGUGCUACAACUGGGUUGUCAAAAUGGAUAACUUAUUCUGAAUAUCACCGGGAAAUUGUCUGUUACAUAAAUUUGUUAUUGCAUAGGGACAUGGUGUAAGCAAUCUAGAAACGAUGAGUUUUGAACAAAGUCAGUUUCAGGAUUUAGGCGAAACCCUGAAGUAAGAAAAAUUACAAACAUAUGCAUUACUCAUCCGGGAAGAAGUUGGACUAUCCAAAGAAUAUUCGAGGGCUUAUAGUUUGAAGACGUUUGGUUGGAUGCGUGGUGUGAAAAUAAACGGCAGUCUUCCUGGAAGAACACUUGGACAAGGGCUGUGAGUUCAAGCUACUCGGAUGUGUUCAAAGCAGGGCACGGGCGAGCACUUUAACCUCAACAAUGAAGUGAACCGGUCAUCCAAAAUCUUUACCUUGUCUUUAACAGAGACAAAACUAGUCAUGGGGUGAAAACCAUGAGAAAACUGCGGGGAUAUUCUAUGUGGGAGGGAACAUGGAAUAUUCUGUAUUAUGUAAUGCUUGAAAAAAUUGACAAUUAGUGGAUCAUCUAUCUACAUUUACCCCUCUCUCCCCAUCCUUGCUGAGUGUGAUGACACAUUGUGCUCAAACUCUUGAACUUCAAUCCCACAGAUUUGGAAUGGUCUUUCAUGAUGCUUAACAUGAAGACAUUGGAGAUUCAGCCAGUCCUACCCAGUCAUUAUUGCCCUUUAGCACCUACAUGGUGUAGCCAGCCUUGAUCCAUGUAAAGAAACUCUAAUCAUUGGUUUGCACUGGGAUUCUGGGAUAUGUAAUCAUACAGACCAUCUCGACACACUCUGCUGUGUCACUUCCUGUCUCUGAAUCGCACACAGGUUUUGAUUGAAUCUCUGAGGUCUGAGAUCAUCUUCUCGUUCGUCCUCUAGCACCCCUGUCUCUUCAUCCCUCUCCCCCCCCACUCAUUAGGGCUGGUGGGGGGAGUGGAUCUGGCGCUCCAGGGUCCUAGAGGUGGUACCCUGGAGCCGGGCCUCUCAACAUGGAGACAAGCCCCGAGAGCCCAAACCGGGCCGUGGAGUACCUCCUGGAGCUCAACAACAUCAUUGAGAGCCAGGCCAAGCUCCUGGAGACCCAGCGUCGGAGAAUCGAGGAGCUGGAGGGCCAGCUGGACCGGGUGAGCCAGGAGAACAAGGGUCUUAGGCUGGAGGGCCAGCUGGACCGGGUGAGCCAGGAGAACAAGGGUCUGAGGCUGGAUCGUCCUCCACGAGCGUCACAACCCCCUGAGCAGAACCACAACCACAGCCAGCCCCUCUCAUUGCCUGUACACCCAGGGCCUGUUCCUGGUCCUGUGCCUGUGCCCGUGCCCGUGCCUGUGCCCAUGCCUGUGCCUGGUCCCAGCCCUGGGUCUGGUACUGGGCCGGGUUCUGGGCCUGUGCUUGGCUCUGGCAGCACCCCCGCUCCCACAGCACCCACCACUGGGCCCAGUAGGAGUCACACCAGGCUGACCCGAGGCCUGUCCUGUGGCUCAUCCCCAGCUGAGCGGGAGAGGCUGGAGCACACAGACAGCACCGACACCAGCAACAGCUCCACAAUACGCAGAAAUGUGGAAGGGCAGUCUCAGUGUCCAGAGACAGGCACCCACACAAACAGCCCUUACAACCAGACUCCCUUCCUGCGCGGCUCAGAACGCUACACAGACAGCAGCGCCGGUCCUCCGGGCCCGAGGGGCCCCGUGUGCGUGGCUUCCCCUAGCACAGCGAGCCUGGCCUGGGCCCUGCGGACACGCCACCAGCCUGCCAGCCUGGCCCUGCGCAAACAGGAGGAGGAGGAGAACAAGAGGUGCAAGGCCCUCUCAGACAGCUAUGAGCUCUCCACAGACCUGCAGGACAAGAAGGUGGAGAUGUUGGAGAGGAAGUACGGUGGGUCCUUCAUGAGCCGCAGAGCAGCCCGCAUCAUCCAGACGGCGUUCCGCCAGUACCGCAUGAACAAGAACUUUGAGCGGCUCCGCAGCUCCGCCUCCGAGAGUCGCAUGACGCGACGCAUCAUCCUGUCCAACAUGCGGCUGCAGUACUCGUUUGACGAGCGGCAGCCGCAGGCCCAGAUGCAGACGCACUUUGCCCACAGCGUGGGCAUUGGGCCGCCCCACUCACCCGUGUGCAGCCCAGAGAGGGACACCGACCGGCCAGACUACACUCACCUGGAAGACUCCUUCUCCAAACAGGUGAAGUCCCUGGCUGACUCCAUAGAUGACGCCCUGACCUGCCGCCCCGGGAGGGAUGACUCCCAGGACGGCAGCCGGGAGGGUGGGGGCCUCAGCGAGGACUUUGGCGAGUGUGUGUGGAGCAGCAGCAGCAACCCGUCCUCUCAAAGAGGCCUGGGAGACAGGCCCCGGGGAGGGGGCGGGGGGCUGAGCAUGCACGGUGACAGCACUGCCACCUCCUACAGUGACGUCACCUUAUACAUGGAUGACUGUAUGCCCUCCUCGCCCCUCUCCCUGGACCGCGCCCCCAGCAGCACAGAUACAGAGUACUGGGGGCCCGGGGGGGGCGUGGGAGGCCGCGAGGACAGCAGGGACACCGAGGGAGGGGGCAGCAGCAACAGCCGCCGGAGCACCCCUUGCACAGAGUGUCGGGACUACCGUCUGAGGGGCGCCCACCUGCCCCUCCUCACCAUCGAGCCCCCCAGCGACAGCUCGGUGGACAUGAGUGACCGCUCGGACCGGGGGUCCCUCAGCAGACAGCUGGUCUACGAGCAGGAGCCCGGGGGAGGAGCCGGCUCUCCUCAGGGAACCCUAAAACACAACCCUAACACGGGGCCCCGGCCCUCCUCCACGCCCGCAGCCCAGGGCCAGACCCGUGCCCCCAGCCGGCCCCUACCCACACACAUCCCCCAUCACGUGGCACACCACCACCACCACCACUCCAUCCACCACCACCAGUACCCAGACACGCCCUCCUCCUCCUCCUCCCCCCAGCAGCCGCCCACCACCCCCCUGUCCUCCUCCUCCUCCACAGCGCUGCCCUCUGGUGGCCUGGAGCAGCCCUGCUGCUCCGAUGGAGACAACGACUCGCUCAACUCCACCACCAAUUCCAACGAGACGGUGAACUGCAGCUCCGGCUCCUCCUCCCAGGACAGCCUGCGUGAGCCUCUGCCCCCGCUGGGCAAACAGACGUACCAGCGGGAGAGCCGCCACAGCUGGGACUCCCCCCCAUUCAACAACGACGUGGUCCAGAGACGCCAGUACCGCAUCGGCCUCAACCUCUUCAACAAGAAGCCGGAGAAGGGGAUCCAGUACUUGAUCGAGAGAGGCUUUGUGUCGGACACCCCUGUCGGGAUCGCUCGCUUUAUCCUGGAGAGGAAGGGCCUGAGCAGACAGAUGAUUGGAGAGUUCUUGGGAAACCGGCAGAAACAGUUCAACAAGGAUGUACUGGACUGUGUGGUGGAUGAGAUGGACUUCUCAGGGAUGGACCUGGAUGAUGCGCUGAGAAAGUUCCAAGCCCAGAUCAGAGUUCAAGGAGAGGCCCAGAAAGUAGAAAGGCUUAUAGAGGCUUUCAGUCAGAGAUACUGUGUGUGUAACCCGACCCUGGUCAGACAGUUCCAGAACCCAGACACCAUUUUCAUAUUGGCCUUUGCCAUCAUCCUCCUCAACACUGAUAUGUACAGCCCUAAUGUCAAGGCUGAGAGGAAGAUGAAGAUAGAGGACUUCAUCAAGAACCUGAGAGGAGUGGACAAUGGUCAGGAUAUCCCCAGGGACUUGCUAGUUGGCAUCUACCAGCGCAUUCAGAAGUGGGAGUUACGGACCAAUGAUGACCAUGUGUCCCAAGUGCAGGCUGUGGAGAGAGUCAUUGUGGGCAAGAAGCCUGUGCUCUCCCUGCCCCACCGCAGGUUGGUGUGUUGCUGUCAGCUGUAUGAAGUACCUGACGCUAACCGACCCCAGAGGACAGGGUUGCACCAAAGAGAGGUCUUCCUCUUCAACGACCUACUGGUGGUUACCAAGAUCUUUCAGAAGAAGAAGACCUCAGUGACAUAUAGCUUCAGACAGUCCUUCCCUCUGGUGGAGAUGCAGGUCCACAUGUUCCAGAACUCCUACUACCCUCACGGCAUCCGUCUGACCUCGGCAGUGCUGGGUGGGGAGAGGAAGGUCCUUAUCGUCUUCAUGGCACCCAGUCAGCAGGACCGCACCCGCUUUGUCAGUGACUUGAGAGAGAGCAUCGCUGAGGUGCAGGAGAUGGAGAAGUACAGAGUGGAGUCGGAGUUGGAGAAGCAGAAAGGUGUCAUGCGUCCCAGCUUGCUGAGCGGAGGUGGGGUUGGAGGAGGUGUGGGUGUGAAGAGUGAUGUGGUAAAUGGCAUUCUGGGAAGGCCCAGUCUGGAUGACAACUAUUCUGCGGGGGAGGGGCUGAAACGCACAGCCCUCAGUUCCUCUCUCAGGGACCUGUCAGACACAGGGAAACGUGGUCGCAGGAACAGUGUUGGUUCCCUGGACAGUACCAUGGAAGGCUCCAUAAUUAGCAGCCCGCGGCCUCACCAGUGCUACACGGUGCCAGGAGUGGUCCCUAGCUGCUACGGAACAGAAGAUUACCGGCCUCACCGCCCCAUCCUGAGCCCCGGAACAGGGGUGGGGGGUGGGCCGGGGCAACAACACAUCCCUGCUGGGACGGGAGUUGGGGGAGUACCCAGCAGUGUAGAGAGGGGGGGGGUGGGGAGCGGCCCUGGGGGGAGCAACACCGGUUCUUUCCUGGGGUCCCUAUUCGGCAGCAAACGUGCCAAACCGCCAGGGCCCCUUAUCCCACCGGGGCCACCCUACCCCGCCCCUGUCCCCCCACCCACCACUGGAGGGCCCCCUCCUCACUCCCCUUCAUCUCUUUGCCAGUCCGACGGGGGCCCUUCCAAGAUCCAGGCACUUCAUGCACAGUACUGUCACACGGGCAGCGUGCAGCCCCCGCCUCCUUACUACCAUCACCAUCGCUACCAUGUCCAAACUGGCCCCCCUCCCAUGCAACCCAUGGCCUCUCAUACACUACAGAGAGGGCCUCUACACUGUCGCCCUCCGCUUGGCCCCCCACAUUUCCAGCACCAGCAGCUGGCCCAUCUCUCCCAGCUCUCCCAGCAUGGCAUACAGGCUCGCUACGCCAACAUGGUGGUGGGCUUUCCUCCCCCCCUUUCUCCUCACUCCCCACACUCCCCGAGUCCUCAGUUCGCCCUCUACCACACACAGCCCACACACUCUGUCAGGGGGGGCAUCGCCGCUGGCACCAAGCCUCCUCUGACCUUGUCUCACUCCCACCCGCACCCCCACCCCCACGCACACUCCAACACCCACCCCGGACACGUACACACGCCCCACCCAGCCACCCACCCCACCCAUCAGGCACAUUUCAUCUUCGGCACGCUGCCCCACCAGUCAACGUCCGGCUCCGUCAAUGCCCAUCACGCAGCCUCCGCCGCCCAGUAUCUGCCCCAGUACCCUCCUCUCUCUUCCAUCCCCCCUCCCCCCCCCCACUCCCCUUUACCCCCCCCUUCCUCCCCCCUUACCCCUCUUACGCCUCUCUCCCCUCCCCCCCCAGCACCCCGGACAGCCCCAGCAGGGGCCCCAGGUAACGGGAGCUGGGGCGACAGGCACAGGGGGCAGUUCCAAAUCCAAACCUAUCAACCGGAUCAGUACGGUGGUCUGAGCAGGAUGUGGCCACACAGAGGUCUGAGGUCAAAAGGGAGAGUGGGGGAGGUGGCCAGGGUCAGGUCCAGGGCUAGGACGGAGCAGGACAGUAACAGCAGUAGCCCCAGUGACAAGAAGAAACGCAGCUUACUUCGCCUCUGUUACUUCCACCUCCGCUUUCCGCACAUGUAGAGAAAGUAGUCGGAUCUACGCUGAUUGGUGUUCAUUUUCUCAGGUGUAUGAAAACGGCUUCAGGCAGGAAAAGUAUUAGAGACGUGAAAAGUAAAGACAGAUUGCGUUCACACAGGCACACACAUACACAAUUAACUACUUCUAUAGCCAUAUGAAUGAUGAUAGUAAAUGUAAAUGUAGAGUACAGCCCAGUGUUUCACUGUCUGAAGUUUAGUUGGGGUAACAGACUGCACAGAGACAUGAGCAAGACUGUUUACACACUUACCAUUGUGCAGUGCUGGAACAGAACUGAACAUCUGAGAGACCAGCUACAUCCAAAUGGAUGUUAAAAGACUUCAACCAUUUAAUACAUUCCAGCAGGGUUGUACAUUGUAAACAGCCAUAGAGGAAAGUUGCAAAAAAUGUCCCUUGACUUUGCAAUAAUUUACCUAGCUUAAAAAUGUAUUUGUCAGUUUAUACAGGUCUUCAUCGCUGAAAGGUAUCCUUUUCUAAUGUAGACCUGUAGAAAUGUUUCUUUGUCUCAUACUUUUAUGAUCUUUGCACGGUUUAUGACAGUCUUUGCCUCUAUGGUCUUUUACAUGUCAACAUGAGUCAUCUGGUUUCAUAGAAUUUACACACACUCCCUACAGAGAAUGUAGAAAUUAAUGAUACAACAAAUAAUAUAUUUGAAUGUUUUUCAAGCUUUUUGCUGUUGUAUAGCCUAAAUGUUAUAUAUACUUGCUAUGAGUAUGAUGAAUAUUGUCUAAUAAUUGUUUUGACCAGUGAUUAAUGAUAUAAACACACUGUAUAUUUGGUUGUAUAUGAUUACAGAAUAUAUGCACAUACAGAAAUGUCCUCAUACCUUGAUAUGACAUGAGGCUGUUAUGAUAUGUGGAGUGUGGUUUGUUUUUGUUCUUUAAGAAGAUUGCCAUUGAUUUCCUCUAUUAUCAUAGCUAUUAUCAUUGAUUGUUGAAAAUGUUAACAUUAAUUACUAUUUUGUUCUGAUAGAAUUAUAUAUCUUCUACUUAUUCCUUUUUUUUUAAACACUGGUGAUUAUGUGAGAAAGCAAUGGCACUGUUUCUAAAAUGGGGUCAUUUUCCAAUGUCAUCUGAACAGAAAAGACAGCUGAACUUAUGUUUUAAUAGAUAGCUUUUCAGGAUUUAUUUUUAUUUAGACCAGCUUCCCAACAUUAGAAAGGGCUUUGACCUAGUCAUGUAAAAUGACCCCAAUUCCAUCGGUGACUGACACUCCCAUGGCCCUUGACAUGCUCACUCUCUCAUAAUAAUCUAGUGAUAUUGAAAUGUACUCAUGCAGCGUGUUUUGGGACAGUCAAUGUCUUCAAACAAGCACGCUUCUUUAAUGCAGUUUUGUGGUUUUGCACACAUGUGGUGUCUUAAGUCAAUAAUGGCCUUCUUUUAUUCACCAACUCCCCAUGUAAAUCUCAGAUAUCUCUCCCUUCAUUCUCUGACACCCUAGUAUGCCUAUAGUCUUGUAAAUAGAACAAACACUAACACAUCCUGCUUCUCUACAAUUCAGUUCCUCUCUUCUUUUCACAUACUAUCCACCUCUCUAGAAUAUCAAGGGUCCUAGGGGGACCCAGGCCAGUGCCAGUAGACCUGAGUGAGAUUGGACAUUUAGUUGAGAAGUGAAAGCUUCAGAAUUGAGCUUUGUUAGUCCAACGACAAUGGAGAACAGAAAUACAGAUCCACUAAACAAAACAAAAAAAGCUGGGUAAAGAUUGGGUGUUAUAGGAAGAUUUUAUGUGUUUGCUAUUCCUCUGUAGUGUCACUUUUUGCAUGAAUAUAUCUGCACUUAUUGAAUGGAUUGUACUGUAUAAACCUGAGUGUAUAUACUAUACAAAUACAUAAUGUCUACAGGAUUAAUUAUUCUUAUUCUGUUAUUUUGGUGAGUGUGUAUGAUUUACAAGGUUUGUGUGUUUGUGUGCGUGUGUGUGUGUGUGUGUGUGUGUGUGUGUGUGCAUGUGUGUGAGAGAGAAAGAGAGAGAGAGAGAGAGAGAGAGAGAGAGAGAGAGAGAGAGAGAUGGCUAAUAAUGGAUGGCAAAUACAAUUUUAUUAUUUUAUAUUUUAGAGGUGAAGGUGAAAGAGUGCUAUGUGUACAAGUGUUUGUAUGUUUGAGGAUUUAUUGAUAUUAUUUAAGUCACAUCCUACAAAAAGUAUGAUUUCUGAAACAUAUUUUUAUGUAGUAAGUGUUCUGAAAGAAUAGAGGAUUGAGAUGUUCUAUUUAUUGCUUCUGAUAUAUAUUAAAAAGUGUCCUUGCA